CAGUUUCCUCAGUUGGUGUGUUUCUCCUCUUUGUCAGGAUGAAGGUGUGCGUCCUCCUGAUGUGUGUGUGUUGUCUCUGUUGGAGGACGGAGGCCCAGUCCAGAUCGUAUCUGAUCACGGCUCCUCUCUCUCUGCGUCUCGACGCCAUGGAGACGGUUCUGCUGCAGCUGUUUGGUUUCACAGAAGAGGUGACGGUCUACGUGUACUUGAAGACCUCCAUGGCUCCGGAUCACAAGGUUCUGGCUCAGGAAGUCGUGACUCUCAACGCCCUGAACCAACACCAGGCCGUCGCCACAGUCCAGCUGCACCCGGGUCAGCUGGAUAAGAGUGUGAGUCAUGUGAUCCUGCACGUCCAAUCACCGGAGAUCAACCAGCACCUGUCUGUGGCCAUCAGCCGCACCAACGGCUUCCUGUUCAUCCAGACGGACAAACCGCUGUACACCCCCCACCAGAGCAUCAAAGUGAGGGCGUUCUCCCUGAACCAGGAGUUGAGACCGGCCAAUCGCAGCGUCUUCCUGACCUUUAAGGACCCGGAUCACACCACAGUGGACAUUGUGGAAAUGAUCGAUGUGAACAAUGGAAUCCCAUCGAUGCAAAACCCGUUCAAGAUCCCCAUCAAACCAAAGUUUGGGAUUUGGACCAUUGAAGCCUCUUAUUCUGACGAUUUCACCACAACAGCGAAAACCGACUUUGAAGUUAAAGAAUACGUUCUUCCCAGUUUCUACAUCAACGUGGAACCAGAUGCUAACUACGUUAGCUACGGAAGCUUCAACCGUUUCAACUUCAAGGUGUCAGCCAGGUAUGUCCACGGGGCUCCGGUGGCUGAGGGGGAGGUGUUUCUGCGUUACGGCUACGUUAGUGGGAAGAGUCCUCCGGUCAUCAUCCCCAGCUCCUUCCAAAAACAGAUAUUGUCGUCGACAGGUGAAGUGGACGUGACUGUAAACAUGGAGAAGGUCCUGUCAAAACACGAUGGACCAAAAGACCUCAACAGUCUGGUGGGGAAGUACCUGUACAUCGCUGUCUUGCUGCAGGAGGAAACAGGUGGGAUCACUCAGGAGGCGGAGUUUGCUGCAGUGAAGUUUGUCAAAUCACCUUACAGACUGAGCCUGGUGUCCACGCCCCCCUUCAUCAAACCUGGACUUCCUUAUAACAUCCAGGUGCUGGUGAAGGAUCACCUGGACAAACCGGUGAACCGGGUUCCGGUGCGCCUGGUGGAGCGACAACUGUUCAAAAGUGGGAUGGACAGCGAGGUUCUCCCCUGUCCCACCAACGCCAACACCCGAUCAGACGGGCUCGCUGGCUUCAUCUGCAACACACCCAGUGAAGGAGUCAGAGCAGUGCUGAAGUUUGAGACGGCGGACCCGGCCCUCCCAUUGGCCAGUCAGGCCAGUCUGACCCUGGAGGCCUUGACCUAUAACUCUCCUAACCAGCGUUACCUGUACAUCGACCCCCAGCCCGGCCGGGGCCUGAUGGUGGGACGGCCCGCCGGCAUCCAGGUGUACUGCACCGCGCCCUCCUACGUGCCCAUCAGAGCGCUCAGCUACCUGGUGCUCUCUAAAGGGAAGGUGGUGGAUUACGGCAAUCAGAAGUUCGUCUCCAGCGGCGAUCACAAACAGAGUCUGAGAUUUGAUGUGACGACCGCCAUGGUCCCGUCCAUCAGGCUGCUGGUCUACUACAUCCUGUACGGGGAGGGGACCAACGAGCUGGUGGCCGACUCCGUCUGGCUGGACGUCAGAGACAAGUGUGUCAACGGACUCCAGACUGAUCUGUCGUAUCGCAGUCAAGUCUACAAACCGAAGGAAAACAUCCGGCUGGACAUCCGGACCAAUCAGGACGGUCUGGUGGCUCUGUCUGCUGUCGACUCCGCCCUCUACACACUGCGACCCAACUACAGGGACCCCGUUACCAUGGUUCUGCGUCACCUGGAGGACAGUGACCAGGGCUGCGGUGGAGGGGGGGGCAGAGACAGCGCAGACGUCUUCCGAUUGGCCGGCCUCACCUUCAUCACCAACGCCAACGCCCACCCGUCAACCACCAUUGAGGCGUGCACAGCAGCCGUGCGUCCAAAGCGAGCUCUGACUGAAGAGGAGAAGAAAACCAAAGUGAAGAGCUACGGUCGAGUGAAGACCUGCUGUGAGGAGGGCAUGAGGUACAUCCCAAAGAGCGUGACCUGCCUUCAGUUCGCCAUUCAGCGCUUCAAUAAAUACCCUCUCUGCAGACAGGCCUUCAGGGAGUGCUGCGAGUUCAUCCAGCAUAACCUGGACCAGGGCCAGGACAUCAUCCUGGGACGCCAUGCGAUGGGUUCAGACUUCGACGUGGCCCCUUCUCUGGUCCGGAGCUACUUUCCAGAGAGCUGGAUGUGGGAGGUGCAGCCUGUCAGGUCCGGCAAGCUGCCGGUCACCAGGCCUCUACCAGACUCUCUCACCACCUGGGAGAUCAAGGCCGUCGGCAUGUUCCAGAACGGUGUGUGUGUUGCGGAGCCGGUUCAGGUGUCGGUCAGUCUUCCUCUCAGUGUGGACGUCCCGCUGCCUUAUCAGUUGGUGAGAGGAGAACAGGUGGAGCUGAAGGGCUCCGUCUACAACCAGCAGCCCGACGACGUCAAGUACUGUGUGACGCUGAUGGCCGGCCCGGCGGUGUGUCUGCAGCAGUCCCAGCCGGUUGCUGGGAGGGCGGGGUUUCACUCCACCUCCUGCAACUGGAGCCAGCUGUUGGGGGGGCGGGUGGCGCAGGUGAGCUUCAUCCUGCUGGGUCUGCAGCCUGGAGAACACAUCCUGACCUUCCACCUGAGGACCCAACAGGGACAUGAAGACGUCCUGGAGAAGAAGCUGAAAGUGGUGCCUGAAGGAGUGAAGAAGGAGGAGUUCUCUGGAGGCCGACUGGACCCUCAGGGACUCUACGGUUCAGAGAAGAGGACGGUGGUGCUGAAGAACAAACCGCCGCCCAACGUCGUCCCGAACACGGUGGUGGAGAGGAUGCUGACCAUCAACGGUGAGAUUCUUGGUGACGUCCUGUCGGUGAUGACCAGCCCCGAAGGCCUCCGACAGCUCAUCAACCUGCCGGCCGGGUCGUUGGAGGAGGUGCUGGGCAGCCUCCUCCCGAUGGCUCAGGUGUACCAGUACCUGGAGACCACUGGACGCUGGGACAUACUGGGAGAAGACAUCCAGAGGAAGUCAGCCGACGUGAGAAGGAAGAUCAGAGAGGCUCUGGUCAGCAUCAGUUCAUUCAAAGGGGGAGACUCCAGCUACAGCAUGUGGAUGAAGAGAGAACCCAGCACCUGGCUGACGGCCCUGGUGGUGAAGAGCCUGUCUGUGGCGGACUCGGCGGUCUCUCUGGGCCAUCAGUCUCUGUUUAACUCUGUGUCCUGGUUGAUCCGUAACGCUCAGCAGCCGGACGGAUCCUUCAGGGACCAGUCCUCCUUCAGACCCAACAAGAUCAUGUCUGCAGGGACGUCUGCUGUCGACCGAUCGGUGUAUCUGACCUCCUUCGUGCUGAUCGCGUUACACAAAGCCACGAGCAUCAAAGACCCCAUCCUGCAGCUCCAGUUCCAGGAUGUCAGCAUGCAGUCUGCAGUAAACUACAUUUCCCAGCAUGCCCCGGCUCUGAAGAGCGUGUACGUGCGUGCGGUGGCGCUGUACGCUCUGACCCUUCGUGACCCCGACUGCAUGGCGGUCUCCGAGCUGAUCGGCAGUCUGGAGAAACUGGCUCGAGACAAAGGUCACCCCGCUGUCCUCAGGUACUGGCAGGAGUCCAGCGUGACAGCUGAUUGGCUGAAACCGGAACAAUCCAGCGGUCUGACGGUGGAGACGACGGCGUACGUCCUGCUGGCUGUUCUGCUCAAGGGGAGACUCCCCUACGCCAACCCCAUCCUGUCCUGGCUGACCCAGGAUCAGCACUACGGAGAGGGUUUCUACUCCAUGCAGGACACAGUCUUGACUCUGGAGGCGGUGACGGAGUACAGCAGAAUCGUCCCUCGGGCCGUCCUCAGUCAGGACAUCAACGUCCGCUACAGCAGGAAGGGAGCGCUGGGACGAGUCCAGCUGAGCCAGAGCCGACCUGUGGCCACGCCCAUCCAUGUGACGAAGGAUGAUGACAUCACCGUGUCCACAGGUUAUGGGAGGGGCGUGUCCAACGUGAAGAUGAGGAUGGUUUACUAUGAGACCGUCUCUCCUGCUCCCAACUGUAACUUUGACCUCACCAUAGAAGUGAAGGGCCCCGACACCUCCAGCGAUCCUGCUCUCAGUGCUCCUCACCUGGUUGCCUGUGCAAAGUACAAACCUCCUCCUAACGAGGUGUUCACAGAGUCCAGUCUGACGGUGAUGAAGAUCCAGCUGCCCACAGGUGUGGAGGGUUACCUGGAGGACCUGAGACAGUUCAGGGACUCAGAGGAGCCGAUAAUCUCUCACUACGAACUACAAGGAAACACUGUGAUCAUCCAGAUGGACUCUGUUCCCUCAGACAUCUUCCUGUGCGUUGGUUUUCGGAUCAGGACCGGGUUCAGGGUGGGCGGAGCCAGCAAGUCGCUGUUCAGCGUCUAUGAGCCUCAGGACAAAGGCGGUGAAUGCACCACACAGUUCUCCUACCAGCAGCAGAAGCUGCAGCGCCUCUGUGUGGAUGAACAGUGUCAGUGUAUGACAGCUGCGUGUGCUGCCUUCAGGGGAAACAUGGAUGUGAAGCUGACGCUGGCCAAACGUAUUGAAGAGACCUGCAGGCCGCACAUCAAAUAUGCCUACAAGGUGACGGUGACCUCUUCAGCAGCAGAAGGAGACUUUAUGACCCACACAGCCACCGUAGUUGAAGUCCUGAAGAACACAGAUAAAGAGUUGGAAGCGGUGAGUUCAGGGACAGAGGUGGAGCUGGUAAAAAAGGCCACCUGCAGCUAUGUUGAUAUCCAGAACAACAAGCAGUACCUGGUGAUGGGAUCCAGGGGGUCAGAGGUCACGCUGAGCAGGGGCUUCAAGUAUCGUCUUCCUGUGGACUCGGAGGCGCUGGUGGAGCUGUGGAUAGACUGUAGUUCUCCCGAGUGUGAGGACUACAUUACCCAGCGGGCGGACUUUGGUCUGGACCUGCAGUUAUUCGGCUGCCCCGAUGCAUUAUAACUCAGGAGACCAGAUUAACACUUUAUUGUAAUACUGAGGAGAAGAAUGUUCUCCAUCAGGAUGUUUUAUGAGCUCACAGUUUUAAAUGUAAACGGAUCUGAAUUCUUCUUUUUACAAAUUGUGUUGUCAAGUCAUACUUUAUCAAUAAAAGUUAAAUAAAAUAA